AUGGAGUCACGGAGCCUUGGGCUGUCUGCAGGUGAAGACUGCGCGCUGGACAACGCUCUCCAGUCUGUGCUUCGAGGCGGCAGCCCAGCUUAUGGAGGUGGGGGCUCCGGGCGCGUGACGUUAAGACCUGCUGUGCCGGCGCCGGCCGCUAAGUUUUUAAGACCCACGGGGACGCGCGCUGACGGCGGCCCGCGGGCCUCCAUUAACUCCAACCCCGACCACCCUCCCCCUCCCUCUCCACCCACACCCAGGCAGAUCUGCUCGCCGCCGCCGCCGCCGCCGCCGCUGCCGCUGCCACGCCAUGUCGCGGCGCAGCUUCCGCCGAAGGCAGUGAAGCGUCGCAGCGGCGGCGCCUCGCCAGAGCCGGGACUUUGUCACCUCGGGCGCCCGUCGUCUUCCGUAAUAAUUCAGUUGGCGCGCGGCCGAAGGCGCACGAAAUCCGCAGCCAGGCAGCCACCUCGAGAAUAUUCAGGCGCGGCGCGGCUGUUCGCCGCGGCUGUUCGCCGCGGCUGUUCGCCGUGCGCAAUCUCCCUCUCGCGUGAUUGGCCAUGUGUGCCGCGCGGGCCCGCCGCGUUCUUCUCCCUCUUGUCGCUGACGCGCUGCUCCAGCGCCGCCGCCGGCGACGCCAGGAAAUUACAAGCGCCGGCUUCGAUACCGCAGGCGACGCGCCGCGCCGCGCCCGCCAGAAGCCGGCCGCCAACUUCCGCCGGCCAACUGUGCACAGCCAGCAGCGGGCGCGCCGUGCGACACCCGCAGAGCUCCGGUCGCCUGCCUACGGGCUCGCUGAAACUUUGCCAAAUUACGGAUAACUUGCGGCCGACUGACGCCCGGCGCCGGCGCGUCGAUUUGUUUAGCGCCGCGGCGCUCUUAUCCCGUGCCGCCCCCGCCGCCCCGCCGCCCCCGCCGCCCCCACCCUACGCUCCUCAGCUCGCUCACUGCCGUCAGCCCAUCCCCCCAUCCCCUACUCCCCACCCCUGUUUCAAAUCGCCCGACGCGACGCUUCCCGCGUCGUAA